AUGGAAUCUAUUGCACGCAACCAAGCCACCAUGGCUCAAAUCCAGCGUCUCGAGGAUGCUGCUACCAAUCCCCUGACGGGAUCAGCAUGGCCAGUUGGUCAUGACGAAAUUCUUCAAAAUCGUCGCACCUUGCCAGUCUACGGCAAGUUCGAUGAUAUUCUGGAAGCCUACCACCAGAAUCAAGUGCUCAUCCUAUCUUGUGAGACUGGUUCAGGAAAGUCAACCCAGAUCCCACAAAUGCUUUUGUAUGAUGAGUACGAAAGUGGUCUCCGAAUCGCCUGCACCCAGCCACGGCGAUUAGCCGCAACUACACUGGCCGAGCGUGUCUCCAAAGAGAUGGCAGUGGUUUUGGGAGAGGAGGUUGGCUACCAGAUCGGCGGCGAGAAAAACAUGGACAAAAACAACAAGAGAUCGCGUCUUGCCUAUAUGACUGAAGACUCCCUUGUUAGAAAGAUGGGCUCUGACAACAAAUUGUCAGAUUUCGCAUGCAUCAUCAUAGAUGAAGCACAUGAGAGGACUGUGGAGGCUGACAUGUUGAUGGCACUGCUGAAGAGAACCUUGCGCCAUCGCAAAGACCUCAAGUUGAUCAUCAUGUCAGCUCCUGUGGAUAUAAGCAAGUUCCAGGACUACUUUAACGGGUGUCCGUUGGUCCAUAUUGCCGGACGGAAUCACCAGGUCGAGAUCCAGUAUUUGGAACCAAAAACGGCCUGUAACGACUUCAGAGCCUUAUCUGUCAAUACGGUGGCGAAUAUUCACCAGAGCUAUGGACCAGGAAACAUCCUAGUCUUUCUUCCUGGGCAGGGUGAAAUCAACCAAGUCUGCGAUUUGCUUCGCAAGUAUGUUAAGGAUCUUGACGUCUUUGCCCUGUAUUCAAAAAUGCCAUCCAAGAAACAGCAUAUGGCUCUAAGCUCCGAAGGCCCAAACCGGAAAUGCAUUGUCUCUACCAAUAUUGCAGAGACUAGCCUCAGUAUAGACAACAUUGUCUAUGUUGUUGACUCAGGCUUAUCAAGGCAGCUAUCCUAUAACCCUCGUCUUGACAUGGAUAUGCUUCGGGUUGCACCAAACUCCCAAGCAUCUGCAAACCAGCGUGCAGGCCGAGCCGGCCUCACGAAGAAUGGGGUUUGCUUGCGACUCUAUAGCAAGCAAGAAUUCGAGCUUAUGGGCGCUUCAACCGAGCCUGAUAUCCGCCGCCGGUCAUUUCAAGCAGUAGCCCUAAGGUUGCUCAGCCUUUGCUAUAUCAAGAUUGUGGACUUUAGCUGGAUUGAUGCUCCUCAUCCAGAUUCAAUCUUACGAGCUGCCCAGGACCUUCAAGGAUGGGGAUUCUUAAAAGACGAUGGCUUCCUCACCCCAUUAGGCAAGAUUGCCUCGCAAUUUCCAAUGGAUCCAAUCUGGUACCGCGCCAUCCACAUCGGCGCUGAGCUCGUCUGUGCUAUGGAUAUUGUUGAUAUUGCAGUGGUGUGCAACUCCCAAAAGUCAAUCUUUGCAGAUGCCCCUAAGCACCAGCAAGUAGCAGAUCUGUUCAGAGGAGCUGCUGCAAGAUAUCCAUCAGACCACAUGGCUCUUGCAAACGCCUUCAAUAUGUUCACGGCUGAGCGUGAGAAAUGCCGACAAGACAAUGCUCCCAAGUCUAAGCUUCGUGACUGGUGUAAAUCCAACUUCCUCAACUUUGACGCAUUGGAUGGGAUUCGCAUUGCAAGGGAUAAGCUAGGCCCAUUCUUAGAGGGCACAGCAAAGCUCAAUGCCUCAAUAGCAUCACAGAGAGAUGCAAAGAGUGUGCCUAAGGCUCUCGCAAUUGCCUUCGCUCAUCAAACAGCUAUCUACAAUGGUGGUGAUGAUGAAUAUCGGACUGUUCCUGAGAAUACUUCUGGUCGCCUAUCGCCAACCGGCUCUCUUAUCGACGGGAACUACGAGUGGAUUGUAUAUACCCGCUUUAGUGUGACUGGAAGGAAAAUUUACUUUGAGAACGCUACAGCUAUUGAUGCUGAAUGGCUGGUGGAUCUACCAAACUUCCAAGAAAACCAAUUGGCAUUAAAGAAGGAUGGGCGCUUGCGACAGCCUAAAGUCAAGGAAUCCCUUGAUGCCGCGAAGGCCAGAAUUGCCGCUUCCACAACUAUCUAA